AAUAUUAACUUAAGAUAAAAAAAAUAAAAUAAAAAUGUCAAGAUAACCUUAAAAAGAUACCGAAUAUGAUUGGCUAGUAAAAUUAUUAAUUAUAGGUGAUUCCGGAGUAGGAAAAACAAACAUUCUUUUAAGAUUUUGUGACGAUAAAUUUUCUCAAACCCAUUUAACAACUAUAGGAAUUGACUUUAAAAUGAAAAAAAUAGAAAUAGAUAAUAAAAAAAUAAAAUUAUAAGUAUGGGAUACAGCCGGGUAAGAAAGAUUUCGUACAAUCACUUAAAAUUAUUAUAAAGGAGCAAUGGGAAUAAUAAUGACAUAUGCAAUAAAUGAUAAAGAAUCUUUUAAUAAUGUUGAAUUAUGGAUGAAAUAAAUUAGAGAAUAAGCAGAUAGUAAUGUAUAAAAAAUACUUGUAGGCAAUAAAAGUGAUAUGGAGAGUGAAAGAUAGGUUACUCUUUAAGAAGGAAAAGCCUUAGCAGAUAGUUUUGGAAUUAAGUUUUUCGAAACUUCAGCAAAAACUAAUGAAAAUGUACAUGAUGCGUUUAUUAGUAUUUGUAGAGAUAUAAAAGAAAAAAUGAUGUAAAAUGAAAAUAAUGCUAAGAAUAGUCAUUUAUCAAAUAAUCCUAAUUAAUAAAAUAAAGGUGGAUGUGAAUGUUGAAAAAUAAAAUAAAUAAAAUAUGAAAACAUAUAUAUCAUUUAAU